AUGUCAGACUGUUGCAGUUGUACAUUACUUAUAGGAUCAAUUACUCUAUUAGUAGGUCUCAUCUUUUACUUACCUAUUGAAUUUGCUAUUUACUAUCCUUAUUUUGACAAAGAUUGAGAAAGCACAACUUGCAUGGUAAGCUCAAUUCAAAGAUUCCAUGUCUAUUCAUGAGAAGAUACUGACGAAGAUGCUUCUUACUACUUAGAUUAUAGUUUAUUUGACGUAAAAGUAAGCAUAGACGGAGAAUGGAAGCAAGGUUUCGCUUGUGGCUGCAGCGAUGCAACUAUGUUAUCAGGAACCGCAGCACUAAAUGGCCAAUAUCCUUAUCAAUAUUCAUUAUGUCGUGAUGAUCGUGAAUGCGGAAAUAUGUAUUUGAUGCCUGCUUGAUACUGCAAUGAAUGUAAAAAUUGCACUAAAUAUAUUUCUAGAGGUGCUCAAAAAUGUAAGUAUUUAUUGAAAAAUGGAAAUGAUGUGAUUAGUCAUGCCAAACAAAUCCCAAGUGGGUAUAAGCUAGAUUAUCCAACUGAGCAUUCAACUUAUAUCCAAGUAAUUUUCAUGGAUUCACCGUUUUAUUAUAAAAGUGACUAUAUAGGCUUUCAAGUAGUUGUCUUAGGAAUUAUGGUAUUGCUUCCUUCAUUAAUUGUGAUUUUAGUGCUACUUUAUUAUCUAAUUGUUGGGAUCAAGAAGUGCCUUUAA